AUGGUGUCACGAAGCACGGAACGUCGCCAUCGGGCAGGGAAGGUUGCACCGAGAAUCCAUGCACUAUCAGCAUUGAAUAGGCAGGUGUUCAAGAACUUGAAGAAGCAUCAGGCGGCAGUGGAAGUGGAAUUAGACAUCGAGUACAGCGAGACUGAUGAUGCUGCACCUGAUGUUAGAGCCUUGGAUGAGAAACUGGAUGCAGUGCCAAUACCAAUGGAUGUGGGCUAUGCUGCGGGGCCCAAUGGGCCACAGUACCGUGGCGGAGAUGAAGCAGGCCAGGAGGUUGAACCCGAGGACUCUGCAGUACAGAGCGCAGUGGCCACCGCACAGACUGAGACUUGGUGUAGGCAUACACAGUGUGCACAGGUGGAUGACGAGGAAGGGGAAACUUCUGAUGAUGAAGACGAGGCUGAGGACUAUUCAAGUGAGAGCAAUUCAGAUUCAGACGAUGACACCGACGAUGAGGGAGGACUCACAGUGUGGGAUUGGAUGGGUGCAGAAUUUGAGGCUAGGGCAAUGGCCAUCGAGGAAGAGUUGAAUGAAGAGGACAAGGCAAUGCUCCGAGCAUUUGCACUUAAAGCCGACUCUCACAUGAUGACACAAACCUAUGUGAAGCUACCAUUUGCGUUUCCAAAUGAACAUAUCCCCACACUUGGUCAAGCCAAAUCUCGCAUUGCAUUCUUGUCUGGCAUCAAACCCCAAUUAUAUGACUGCUGCCGAAAUUCAUGCUGUUGCUUUGUUGUCCCGCAUGCAGAGCUCGAAACAUGCCCGUAUUGUCAUCUGGACCGCUACCGAGCAGACAGGAAGCCUUACAAGCAGUACACGUACCUCCCCUUGAUCCCGCGGCUCAAGGCAUUUCAUGUGAACACAUUGAUGGCCAAGAGCAUGCAAUAUCGUGCUGAAGAACAUAAACAUGAUCUGAAUGUCAUAAAAGAUGUAUUUGACAGUGAAAUAUACCGGUCCUUGUGUGGCCAACCUGUCAUUGUCAAUGGGAAGCCGCUGAAGCACAGAUAUUUUGAAGACUCACGAGAUAUUGCUUUAGGCCUGUCAACCGAUGGUUUCGCGCCUUUUAAACGGCGCAAGCAGACGGCAUGGCCCCUCAUUGCAUACAACUACAACUUACCGCCAGAAGUUCGCUUCCACAAAAAAAAUAUCAUUCCCAUUGCGGUGAUUCCUGGCCCCAAGAAGCUUGCCAACUUUGACUCUUUUCUCUGGCCUCUUGCCGAGGAAAUGUUGCGACUGGCAGUUGGCGUGCGUGCAUGGGAUGUUCUGACAGCAGCCAUGUUCGUUCUGCAUGCAUUUCUCAUUCUUGUCGGAGGUGACAUCCCUGCGAUCUCAAUGAUCAUGUGUAUGAAGGGGCACAAUGGAUACGCACCAUGCCGCAUGUGCAAAAUCGUCGGUGUUCAAGUCCCCAAUGCACCCCGCAGCCCAUAUUAUGUCCCUCUUGACCGCUCUCGACAUCCCGCACCUGGUGCCAUCAUUUCCUAUGAUCCCGCAGCGCUCCCGAAAUGCACACAUGAAGACAUACUUACUCAAGCGUGCGAAGUGCAAAGUGCACGUACUGAUGCCGAAGCCGAGCGACUUGCCAAGGCUUAUGGAAUCAAAGGUGUCCCCCUCCUCUCAUGUCUCUCGUCACUCUCUUUUCCACUCUCCUUCCCCUACAAUUUUAUGCAUCUGAUCUGGGAAAAUGUCAUCAAGAAUCUUGUACUGCUGUGGACUGGUGAGUUCAAGGGUUUAGACGAGGGAAAUGAAGAAUACCAGCUACAUCCGGACAUGUGGACUGCAAUCAGCGCCACUACUGCUGCUGCCGGCUCCACAAUACCUUCAGCCUUUGGUCCUCGGAUACCUGAUCCUGCUACUGACAAGAGUGCAAGCACGGCUGACUCCUGGUCACUAUGGUCUCUAUACGUUGGCCCUGUUCUUCUCGCCCGCAAGUUCACACGCCCGAAGUAUUAUGAACACUUUAUUGAGCUGGUCAAAUUACUCCACAUGUGCCUGGAGUUUGAGAUUAGCAGACAGGAUAUUGCCAUCGUUCGAGCGGGUUUCAUAAAGUGGGUGACUACGUACGAAAGAAUUUACUACCAGCAUUCGCCAGAGCGACUCGGGAUUUGCCCGGUUACUAUCCAUGCCCUUCUGCAUAUUGCUGACAGCAUCGAGACAGCCAGUCCAGUUUGGGCAUGCUGGUCAUUCCCGAUGGAACACUUUUGCGGGUACUUACAGCCUGCGAUCAAGAGCCGCCAUUUUCCGUUUGCUAGUAUCGACAGAUACCUCAUAGAUUCAGCAUGUCUGGAGCACAUUAAGAUGCUGUAUGGCAUGGAGAAAGAGCUUGCACUGAAGCCGACAGCAUCAAUGUCAGGUCUUGCUGUGGCGGAGUACAAUAGAUGUCUGCUGCUUCCACCUCAUCGAACAGCUGACAUGAAGACUACCCCACUGAUUGAGAAGAUUGUGGGGGCUUUGGCAACACGAUUCAAUGUGACUGCUCGCGUCGCACGUCAUGCCUUGCCUGAACAAAUAAAGUUGUGGGGAAAAGUACGGAUUCUCCCUGAUGGUGACACCAUCCAUGCGGCAGCCUUGAGCAAGCCUCGUGAGGACCGGUGUGAUGCGACGUAUGUGCGAUAUGAGGUGUUGGUCGACAAGAAUGCCCGAUUUCAUUGUAGACGUGUUGCUUUAGAAAUACACACCUUCUAUGGACAGCUACAACACAUCUUCGCUGUGCGCCUCGCGCCUUCGCAGCCACUGCAACUCACCAAACCGACAACUCUCAUCCUUGCCACUAUCAAGUCCUGCCGGAUCGAACGCUCCCACAACACACUCGACAUACACUUCUUCUCGGACACAGGCGCAGUGGAUGUCAUCGACAUUUCAUGCAUACAAUGUGUCAUUGGCAGGGUGCCAGAUGGUGAUCACUGGGCGAUCAUAGACCACAGUGGAUCGCUUGCGUGCGCUGUGUAUGCCGACGAAGUCGAGGACUAG